AUGACCACCACCAAUCCCCCCAAAGCGCUCCUCACCGACGUCUUUGGCACCGUGGUCGACUGGCGCUCGAGCGUGACAAAGUACCUCACCCUCUCCGCGUCUGAAAGCCUCAAUUCCCCUACCGCCUCCAUCCCCAGCGGCGUGCGCGCCGCCGCGGCCCAGAUCUCCUGGGCCGCCAUCGCGCAGGAGUGGCGCAUUUCCUAUUACCAGUUCACGCGGACGUACGACCCCGCGGCGGCGCAGAAGGACCCGUCCAAGUUCAAGACGGUGGACCAGCACCACGUCGAGGCCCUGCACAAGAUCCUGGUCGACCACAGCCUCGAGGGCCUGUGGACGGACGAGGAGGUGCAGAAGAUCAGCCUGAUCUGGCACUUUCUGGACCCGUGGCCGGACUCGCCGCCGGGGCUGGGCAAGCUGAACGCCCAGUUCGAGACCGCCACCUUGAGCAACGGCAACACGGCCCUGCUGCAGGACCUGGCCACGCACGGCAACCUGCCCUACAAGCACAUCCUGUCCGGCGAGGACUUUGGCGCCUACAAGCCCCAUCCCAGCGUCUACCUCGGCGCGGCCAAAAAGCUGGGCUUGGAUCCAGGUGAGUGUGCGCUCGUGGCCGCCCAUCUGGGCGAUCUCAAGGCCGCCAGAGGCUGUGGAUAUCAGACCAUCUACAUCGAGAGGCCACAAGAGGAGAGUUGGACCAAGGACGAUACGGAGCAGGCUAAGCAGCAGGGCUGGGUGGACAUGUGGAUAGGCCUCGGCGAGGGCGAGGGGGGCUUUCUGGAGAUUGCUAGGAGGUUUGGUAUCCAAUAA